AUGUCAUCUAGUGGGUUCAAGAAGUUCUUUGACAACUUGUUCUCCAAGAAAACGUUGAAGUACAUGUGUACUACACAUUUUUGGGGGCCUGUGUCCAAUUUUGGUAUCCCCAUAGCCGCCGUUAUGGAUCUUAAGAAAGACCCAGAGUUGAUUUCUGGAUCAAUGACUGGAUCUUUGAUUAUCUAUUCUUUGGUCUUUAUGAAGUACGCUUUGUCGGUGCAGCCAAAGAACUAUUUGCUCUUUGGGUGUCACGUCGUGAAUGAGGCAGCUCAAUUAGGACAGGGUGCAAGAUGGCUCAAUUACCAUUACUUUACUGACGAAAAACCGUCUAAGGAAAAACCUGCAAUUGCUUCGGCGUGA